GUGCCAUGUCAUAUUUGUGAUGGCGGUGCUAGCUUGGGGGCUUUGCUGCCUUGCUUAGUCGUAAAUUUACGAUACAAUACUUUCUGAUUGAUUUCGAAGCCACAAAUAUUGUUUUAUAAAGUUUUAUUUUGUUCUGUUAUUUUUCAUGUAUAAAUCAUGAUGUAUUUCUUUGAGAUCGCUGAAGUUUGCACGAUAACAAUUCUUGGCGCUAAGAAAACAAUUAAUGAAUCUUGAUGAAAAAUGUGCUUAUUGGAACCUUAUUAGCGUUAGAGAAUUAUUAAAGUUCGAUGCAAGACAGUUUAGUGCUCUUAAUUCUUUUUAGUAUUAGUUAAAUCAAAAGAAGCAUCAUGAAUGAUGUUCGAGACAAAGUUGUUGCCGGGUCUUCGAGUUGGGAGAACACAACAACGCGAAGCGACUCAUCACCCGAGACCCAAUCAUCGCCCGGCGGCAGUGGGGAAACCCCUCAGACGCCUGGAGCGCCAGCGCCGCUGGCUCCACACCUUGCUGCCGACUUACAUCCAGAUCUCAUACAACAAGGCUGGCGCAAGUACUGGUCCAAACGAGAAAACAGACCCUACUUUUGGAAUAAGCUCUCUGGGGAAUCAAUGUGGGAGCUACCGGCGGUAAAAAGAGAUUUUGACCCUAUCACAGACCCCCUUGGCAUUUGUCACACUGGUCCUCCCAAUGCAGGUAAUAUGACUCCAAGCGCCAGCAAGCGCCGGCCUUCAGAGGACAAUGGACCGCCACCUAAAAAGUUUGUUCUGGCAGGGCCUUGGGAUAUAGAGGUGGCAACAAAUGUGGUUAUAUAUGAACGGCCCCCAACAAUCUGCCCCCAUCCUCAUCCAGAAAUAGAAGGUUUUAGAUUUACACUUGCAAACAAACUUCGACAGUGCUAUCAAGAGUUGUGUCAUACCAGAGAGGGUAUUGAUGCUCCAAAGGAUUCAUUUAAUCGUUGGCUUAUGGAGCGUAAAGUGAAUGACCAAGGAGGUUCAGAUCCACUUUUGCCAAGUCACUGCUUUCCUGAAAUAUCCCGUUCUAUGUAUGAAGAAAUCAUGAACGAUAUACCAAUCAAGCUGACACAUCCAAAAUUCACUGGGGACGCUCGUAAACAAUUGUCACGCUAUGCUGAAGCUGCAAAGAAAAUGAUAGAAUCCAGGAAUGCAUCACCUGAAAGUCGUAAGGUGGUGAAAUGGAAUGCAGAAGAUACAUUCCAAUGGCUUCGACGCACAGUUGGAGCUACUUAUGAUGACUUUCAAGACAGACUGGCACACCUACGAAGACAAUGUCAGCCACAUUUGGCUGAAACAGUGAAGGCUUCUGUGGAAGGCAUCUGUUUGAAGAUAUACCACUUAUCUGCAGAGUAUGCGCGCAAAAUACGAGAGAAACAUAGUGCUCUAUUAAAAGAAAAUGGAAUACAGGAACUGCCGGCGCCGCUGCAGCAGGCUGCACUGCGGAAGGUGUGGUGCUACCCCGUGCAGUUUGCUCUGCCGGCCCCGCGGCCACCCCUAGUCGAGCACUUCCUCGACCGCGACCAGGCGCUGCUGCGCUACCUCGGCGAGACGCAGGUCAUCAACGCGGCCUACCUCCAGAAGCUGGAGUGCCUAUACCGGUACAGCUGUUUCGAUGACAAGAAGUUCGAGCAGUUCCUCUCCCGCGUGUGGUGCGUGCUGCGGCGCUACGCGGCGUGGGUGGGCGCGGGCGGCGACGCGCAGCUCGCACAGAUGGCGCUGCCCGUGCCCGUGCUCGAGUGCUUGCACCGCUGCUUCGGCGUCACGUUUGAGUGCUUCGCGUCACCUCUCGACUGUUACUUCCGUCAGUACUGCUCGGCGUUCGCCGAUACUGACUCUUACUUUGGAUCUCGUGGACCGUUCCUGGAGCUGCGGCCGGUGUCGGGGUCGAUGGUGGCGCACCCGCCGUACUGCGAGGAGCUGCUGGAGGCGGCGCUGCGGCACAUGGAGCGGCUGCUGCAGGACUCGGCCGAGCCGCUCUCCUUCCUCGUGGUGCUGCCCGAGUGGCCCGAGCGGCACACGCACGCGCUGCACAAGCUGCAGGCCAGCCACUUCAAGCGCAAGCAGGUGGUGAUACCGGCUUUUGAACAUGAAUAUCGACAUGGCUUCCAGCAUGUGGUUCCAAAGAACGAGGUGUACUUCAGAUGGGGCGGCGGCACGGUGGUGGUGUGGCUGCAGAACGCGGCGGGGUUCGCGCGCUGGGGGCCCACGGACGAGCGCGUGGAGGCGCUGCUCGACGCCUGGCGCCCGCGCGCCAAGCUGCGCUCCCCGCCGCCGCCCGCGCGCCCCGCGCAGCCCGACGCCGCGCCCCCCCCGCCCGCGCCCGCGCCCAACCCCACCCCCGCCGGCGCCCCGCCCGCGCCGCCCGACAAGCGCGCCAACGACAAGGUGUAGCCGCGCCCGAUGUUCACCGGCGACCUGCUAACUUGCACGGACACAUAAUUCAUUGAUUGCUUCUGACGGGACCCUGCAAUUUUGCGCUCGGAUGGCCAGAUUUAGAAUCUGAAAUGUGAGCGACGCCUGCGGCGAUCCCGAAUGGUGGAAUGCUCCUCCGUAAAAUUAUACGAUCCCGAAUGUGCGCGGUUGGACGUUUGCGCGACGCGGCCGGUCCGAGGAGCUCGCGAAAAAAGGUAUCGAGAGCGAAAAGCUAGCCGAAAUACGAUAGGAAAUUGAAGGGCUCUAUUAUUGAAUCGAAUAAAAUUUAUCCUUGCGGUAACUCUAAAAUCAAUUUUGGCGUACAUAAAUCCACUUAUAAAAUUUCCUCAAACGACAACUUCUCCUAAAAACCUUAUUGCACUUGGGUUAUGUAUACGUGCAAACUUCAAUCACGAUCGCGGAGUGAGGGGUUUUCCCCACUGAACAUCCCGUUUUUUGUGGGUACAGUUUUAAUAGUAUUCGUGCCAAUACAUAUAGUAACGUUCACACGACCAUUCUGUUUGCGAGAUACUGCACCUAAUAAUCCUGCAGAAAACCGUACCCACAAAAAACAGGAAGUUCAGUGAGAAAAGGUCCUAAACUUGCAACGAAUACCGCUCCAUCCCGUCCAAAAUCUGUUCGAAAACGCUUUGCAAUCUUCUGGUCUUUCCUUUAUAAAAUAAGAUAAAAUCUUGAACAAGUUAAAUUUACCAAAAUGCGGACAACCAAAUCUGUUCUGUCGUCCUACUAGCCUUCUCUCUAUACUAUCUUCAGUAAUAUUAUUCAACUUCUAUUGAUAAAUUGACUACUGUAUGUUUGUUAACUACAUUGCACUACUGAUUUACGGAAACAUACGAACGUGUAAUGCAUUUUUAGUCAGUCUCUGUACAAAAAGUACUAAGGCUGCCUGAAACAGCUGAAAGCCCUGAAGUUGCAUGACAAAUACGCACGUUUCCGAGAAAAUAUGAUAGGAAAGGAUUAUUCACUACGUCCUCUAUCUUUUAUCAAUCAAGGGACUUCAGUAAAGAAAAGAUAAAGAUUUGUGCAAUAGGUAAGAUAUAUGUAUACAUACCAUAGUAUGAAUUUUCUCAAAUGAUUUUUACGCCUAAGACCCUAAUCUGUUAAACAAAAGCCAUUGUUUCUUUUGUGCGAGCGGUCAGCUCCCGUUUUGAGCGCGUGGCAAAGCAACAAUGUCGUUUAAAAAGCCGCUGUAUCGUAUCGAUUUUAAGGUUCAAAUCUAUGUAAUAAUAUGAGUGCUCGCCUACAUUGAGGUGGUCAAUCGUCCUACAUUACAAAACAUGUUAGAUGUACAUAAACUUGAACCUCCACGAUACAGUUGAUUUUUAAAGGACAUUGUUGCUUUGCCACGUGGCUAAUACGGGAGCUAACCGCUCGUACAACAGAAACAAUGGCUUAUGUUUAACAGGUUAGGGUGUUAGGCGUAAAAAUAAUUUGAGUAAAUUCAUACUACACCUAAUUUCGGCUAGUUUUUUUGCGCCAUACAAACUGUCAAUCGUCGUCGUUUCCCAGACAUUUGAAGGGGUCGGGGAAGAGCUAAGACACAAUAAUAUACGAGUCAAAAAUAUACCUAUAUAUACUGAUAUAAGGAGACUGCUCCUUUUUCACACUGCCGCGCUAAACAUAUCUGUCCAACUUUAUUAGAAAAAGAAAAUCAGUUGUAUGCCUUGAUCUCAUAUGAAACACGAUGAAUAAUUUAAUAUUAAUGACUUUAAUGAGUUUUCUAUUAUAGUUCCACCUCAUUCACGCGGCAUCGUUAUUAGCGCCAUUUAAUAAAGUAAAUUGAGAUCAAAGAAGUUAUUCUAGCCCGUUAAGCCAAUUAUCUCAAAAACAAAUGAAUUUUGAUAUUUUUUUUUGUUUUGUUUAUGUGUAUAUGUUUGCAUUAAAUUUUGAUUUGAGAUACCGCUAUGAGGGCAGUAGAGUUAGACCAAGAAAAGUCUGCAACGAUAUUGAUAGCACACGCAGUGAAAAUUCUAUGAAAUUACGAUGGGGGAUAAAGGGGCUCUUUAGGGGAGGGCUAUGUCCAGCAGUGGACUAAUAUUGCCUGAUGAUGAUUAUGAUGAAAUGUGUCGCUUAACUUAAUAUCUACCCUAUUACCUUUUCAUAAUACCAAAAUUGCAAUCAGCCUGAUGGAAUUACCCGUGUUUGAAGUUAAGCGACUCAAAUAACACUUGCACUGCGUAUGCUAUCAAAAUCGUUGGAAUCUUGGUCUAACUCUAUUGAUUUUAAGAGACGUAAUGUCAAAGAAAACUUGUGGAUGGCGCUGUACGGUCCAGUAGCAUUUUGCAGUUAAUUCUAAUUGUUCGAAAUUUAACAAUUCAGUUGCCACAUAAUAUGCCGCUGUACAGCACCAUUUACUUCAGCUGUGUUCCACUAAAGGUUUGAUUAAAAGUAAUUAUUUUGAACAACUUUCUCUGACCUCUUCAUCUGCGUAGUAUAUUUGUAUAGGUUGUCAAAAUUGUGUUCUCUCGGAUUAGGAAAGAUGCUAUUAUAGGUUUCUAAGUGUAUGCGGGUGAUAGGUGGCGACGAAAUGCCAAUUUCGCUUAUUAUCUUUGAUAUUGUACACAAAAUAAAUAAUUGACAAAAUCUGAUUGCGUCACUUUGUAGAGAUUACCUACAAAAUCGAGUGUAUGUGUUUUGUACAUAAUGAUAAAUUUGUAUCAUGUAUAUACAUAUUAUUUAGUUGUAAAGAUAAUUUCGAUUAUCAUUUUUUUUUAGUUAUUUUAAGAGCCACAUCUCUGUUGUAUAGUUCGAUAAAUAUAUUGUUUUGAUUGUUCA